CACGCCUACCUGCCGCCCCUGGACGCAGAGUGGCGCAUGCGCAGUUCAGCACCGGAAGCUCUUCUUGGCCCUCUAGAUCAUAAGAGCCUGGGAAACCCCGUAUAGAGUUCUCUUUCCUGUGCUAGACGCCGCCGGAGCUACCGCCAUAAUGACCGAGUGGGAGACGGCGCCCGCUGUGGCCGAGACCCCCGACAUCAAGCUUUUCGGGAAAUGGAGCACAGAUGACGUCCAGAUCAAUGACAUCUCCCUGCAGGACUACAUUGCGGUGAAGGAGAAGUACGCCAAGUACCUGCCCCACAGCGCCGGGCGCUACGCGGCCAAGCGCUUCCGCAAGGCUCAGUGCCCCAUCGUGGAGCGCCUCACCAACUCCAUGAUGAUGCAUGGCCGCAACAACGGCAAGAAGCUCAUGACCGUGCGCAUCGUCAAGCACGCCUUCGAGAUCAUCCACCUGCUCACCGGGGAGAACCCCCUGCAGGUCCUGGUCAACGCCAUCAUCAACAGCGGGCCCAGGGAGGACUCGACCCGCAUCGGCCGUGCCGGCACUGUCCGGAGACAGGCCGUGGAUGUGUCCCCACUGCGCCGUGUCAACCAGGUACCUGGCCAUACAUGUGUUCAUAGCAUGCCCCAUCAUCCCUGAGCAUGACUCCCCUCC